CCCCCACCUAACGAAUGAACCGCCAAGAGGAUUGCUGGCUUUGGAGCUCUGUAUUUGGUUCUCUUUUGCCUCACCUGUUACGAUUUUGAAGGAACCUCAACGUUGUCUUCGCGCUGGAAGCUCGAGCUUCCAUUCCUACAGAACCAAUUUCAAAGCAAGAGUUCAGGAUGGCGAGCGUGUUCCUGUACGUUCCCAACCUGAUCGGGUAUCUGCGCAUGGCCAUCGUGGCGUACGCCUGGCUCCUGGUCACCGACGAGCGCUUGUUCGCACUGCUAUUCUUCGUGUCUGUGAUGCUAGAUGGCGUCGACGGCUGGGCAGCUCGCCUCCUGGGCCAGGCUUCGGCGUUCGGCACUCUGCUCGACGUUAGCAUCGACCUAGGAGCUCGGGCCAUGCUCUGGAGCCUCGUGUGGCCCCGGUUCGGUGGUUUCAUCUCUUCGAUCGAGUGGCUGGGCUUGCUGUGCAACUACCGUGAAGCGGGAACAGACUGGAAGAAAGACGCCCGACACCACCCGCACUGGAUUCGCACCAUCUUCGCCAAUGGGUUCAAGAAUCCAUGGGGUGCCGUGCUGGUGACGGGAACGCAUUUCCUGCCGCUGGCGAUAUUUGUGUACGAGCGAGGCAUCUGGACUGCUCUGUGUGCCCCUUACGUAAUCGCUUUCCUGUGGUUUGGCAAAGGAAUCUGCUUCGCAACCGAAGGUUACUUCAUUUGGUACCACAUAAAGAAACUGAACGCGUCCUGAACUCACGCGAAACCAGUCGAAAGCUUGUAUUACAUUUGUGUACCAUCGUAAUUAACGCAUGUGUACAGAUUAACUUUACACGAAGAUCAUUCAUAACGUCUUGUCCAUAUUUUCACCAAGUAUGCCGCUUUCAGUUUUCAGAUGACACCCAGCGUUUUAAGGAUGCCGAGUGGUUGGUUCACCAUAUGCAGCGCUUACUUUAACUGCUCGCUUCCUUUCGUGACACCAAUUUAAGUGUUUCAUACUUAAAAACACAAAAAUGACAUUAAACAGAAGGAAAAAGUAGAGAGGUCAGGUAUUAAAGGCUAGAGAAGUUCACCGAUAAUUAGGAUACUCCCUAACGCGAAUUUCGAGCGCAACUGUUCAGGUGUUCUGAAUUCGCGAUAUAUUAUGGCAAAAUACUUGAUUCUGAAGGAGAAUGUACUCUCGG